AUGUCGGCUCAAGCGGUGGCCAAGGCUGCCGGAGGUGUUGUCUCCAUCGCCAAGGUAUGCUGCAUGCCGACCACAAACCAUGCCACCCGAUCAAUUGGUCGCGAAUCGCCGUCACUCAACCUCCCUCGGUCCACCGGAGUGUGGGAAUCCAUCCGCAAGGCCCUCUCCAUCGACGCCAACCGCUCCAACGGUGUCCCGCUGAACCCGUACUACCGCAACCCUACACCCGGCAGCAACGACCCCAUGGCCUACGACGACCCCGUCACCGUGCCCGCCGGCGACAUCGCCGACAACCCUUACUGGAAGCGCGACCACCGCCGCCACUACCCCAAGCUGAGCGUCAUGAAACAGGCCGACGUGGCUAGCCUGCUGACGAUUGGGAGCGCUGCCGCACCCAAGGUUGAUCUGAUUGGCGAGGCGGGUGAGAAGCAGCUCGUCGCGGCGAAGCAGGAGGGCGAGACGGGUCUGGCCAAGUGUCUCGAGAAGACGAGCGGCAAGGAUGUCUUUGUGAACGGCCUGCCGCCGCUGCCCAGCGGCCAGAGUCUUGCGUCGGGCUCAUGGGAUGUGCACAAGUAUGAGCUGACGGAGGAGAAUACAUAUCCCCAGGGGUGA